AUGGCUGGCGAACAAGUUCUUGAGUGGUACGACAUCGACUCCGAGAUCAAGACUGCUGGACUUCAAAAUGAUCCUCUAGCUCCUCCUGAUCUGCUGGUCGAUGCAGAUUUCCGCCACAACUGGAGAACAGCGUACAGCUGGCUUAACGAAGAAAUUCCUAUUGGUGGGUGGCCCCCCACGUCUUGCCUGCGUCGUGUGUGA